AUGUUCUCGCAUAGUGCAGGCACAGCCUGGCUUCUAUUGUCAAUAAGUCUCCGGGUCGCCUCCGCAUCCUGUGUCCAGAACAUCCAGAAUGACACCAUCGCGUUCUUCAGCAGCGCACCUGUGAACUUUGGCUCCGACUCUACCUCCCCAUCGGACUGUGCGGCCCAUUGUAGCCAGAUGGCGAACUGCCAGGCCUGGCUUUAUGCUGAGCCCGGGGACUGCCAGCUGUAUCGCAAACCCGCCGUUGCAACAGCCAGCAAUCCGAAUUUUUUCUAUGGAGCGUGUGGGGACGCCGUCGCAUCGACUCCUGUGGUCCUGUCACCAAGCUCGUCUGUAGUGAAGGCAUCGACAUCAGGCUCGACUGUUCCGUCUCAAAGCUCGCAGGUAAAUACCACCUUCGAUGAACAGCACUUCCAGAAGCACAAACGGCAAGCCCACCACCACCAUGGACACGGACAUGCGGCGUGA